AAAAUGGUCGUCGGAGUACUACUGCGACUACUCAGUUCUCCUUUCCCCUCCAAAUCCCAAUUUGGGCCGAAACAAUCGAAACCCUCGUUCAUCCCCGAGCUCGGCGUCGAUUUCUACACCUGAAUCCGAAUCCCCACGCCGACUUUUUUCCCAUUUGAGCUGAUGCCCACAUGAGGAGGACAUGAGGAGGCGAUCCAUCUCUGGAACUGCGAGCAAUGGUGGUUUCUACUGGUUUUAAUCCGAAUUUUUGGUGUUUUCGUGGGGGAUUACGACUGGGGUUUUGAUUUGUGGGUGAAUUGGAUCGGUUUUGCGAGCCAUUAGGUGUAGAUUCAUGGUGGGUUUUGUUGAAUAGUACUUUCCCAUGUUUGGAUCGAGGAGAGUUGAUGAUAUGGUGGAGCUCAAGAGGCAGAGAACCGUGAGGUUUUAUUCUGAUGAGAAGAGAAAUUUACCCACCCACAAUGUCCCCAAGCAAAGAUUUGGAGAUGCUAAUAAUAAAAAGAGCAAGCUACUUGCUAAAGACGACGAGCCGUGGCGAAAGGGGGUGCUCAACCCAGGAAGCGACUUUGUUCUGCAUUGGAACCGUGUUUUCCUGAUUUCAUGCUUGAUUGCUGUAUUUAUAGAUCCUAUGUACUUUUAUUUGCCUUCUAUUGAUUACGGCAAUCACACUUCAUGUAUUAAGACGGAUCGGCAUCUCACUGUUGUCGUUACUGUUUUCCGAUCGCUUGCUGAUUUCUUGUAUGUAUUACACAUCGUCUUUAAGUUUCGGACUGCAUACGUUGCUCCGGACACGAGGGUUUUCGGACGGGGAGAGCUUGUCAUGGAUCCGAAGAGAAUUGCUUGGAGAUAUUUGACUUCAGACUUUGUUAUAGACCUAGUGGCUGCAUUGCCUUUGCCACAGAUUGUUAUUUGGCUAGUAAUACCAGCUGCUGGUAAUUCAAGUCCUGAACAUAACAAUAACACCCUUGCCAUGAUCGUUCUAAUUCAGUACAUUCCAAGAUUAUAUCUCAUAUUUCCUUCAAGUUAUGAGAUAAUUAAAGCUACUGGAGUUGUUGCAAAGACUGCCUGGGUUGGAGCUGCAUACAAUCUACUGCUUUACUUGAUAGCUAGCCAUGUCUUAGGAGCAUUGUGGUACUUGUUAUCAGUUGAUCGCCAAACUACAUGUUGGAAACAAGUAUGCAUGCAAGAGGAUGUCACUACGAACAUCCCAUUUUGCCGUGUUAAGUAUCUGGAUUGUGACUUCUCAAGCCAAGAAAAACAAAUUUGGGCGAAUAGCACAAAUGUCUUUACGAACUGUGAUGCUACUAAUAGUAGCAUUUCUUUCAACUUUGGCAUGUUCCAGCCCGCAUUGUCCAAUCAUGUUCCUGCUCAACAGUUUGUCAAGAAGUACUUCUAUUCAUUUUGGUGGGGUUUGCAAAACCUUAGCUGCUAUGGCCAGAUUUUGACUGUGAGCACUUUCAUCGGGGAGACAUUGUUUGCUAUAUUUUUAGCAGUCCUUGGUCUUGUCUUAUUUGCCCAUUUGAUUGGAAACGUGGAGACUUACCUUCAAUCAAUUACCGUGAGGGUCGAAGAAUGGAGACUAAAGCAAAGAGACACGGAAGAGUGGAUGAAACAUCGCCGACUCCCUCAUGAUCUGCGAGAAAGAGUUAGGCGAUUCAUCCAAUAUAAGUGGCUCGCAACGCGUGGCGUGGAUGAAGAAUCCAUGUUUAAGUGUCUCCCUGCAGAUCUUCGUCGAGACAUCAAACGCCACCUCUGCUUGGACAUUGUUCGCCGGGUCUCUUUCUUCUCCGAAAUGGAUGCUCAACUCCUCGACGCCAUCUGUGAGCGGCUUGUAUCUUCCCUGUGCACCGAGGGUACCUACAUCGUCCGUGAGGGUGACCCAGUGACCGAGAUGCUCUUUAUUGUUCGCGGAAAAUUAGAAAGCUCUACCACCAAUGGGGGCCGCACUGGCUUCUUCAAUUCCAUAACUCUAAAACCUGGGGACUUCUGUGGCGAGGAGCUUCUGGGGUGGGCCCUCCUCCCGAGGUCUGUUGCCAACUUGCCCUGUUCCACCCGAACGGUAAAGGCUCUUGUCGAAGUAGAAGCCUUUGCUUUACGAGCUGAGGACCUAAAAUUUGUAGCGAACCAAUUCAGGCGGCUUCAUAGUAAGAAGUUACAGCAUGCCCUCCGGUUCUAUUCGCCCCACUGGAGGUCGUGGGCUGCUUGCUUUAUUCAGGUGGCAUGGCGGCGGUUCAUGAGGAGGAAGGGGGCAAAGGAGUUAAGCUUGAGAGAGUCGUCUUUCUACUCAAGAUCCGAAGAGGAGAGCGGUUCAACCGUGGUAUCUUCUUCUAAGUGUAAACAGAGCAUUGGGGUAAUCAUUUUGGCUUCCAAUUUCGCUACUAAUUUGAGAAAAGGGGCACGGAGGAUCAAAGACAUCGAUAUGCCUAAGUUGCAGAAGCCAGAUGAACCAGAUUUUUCAGUUGAGCCUUUUGAUUAAGGUGUAUUGGUUUAUGGUGGCUCAUUAUGAUGGUUAUUCUUUUAUUCAAUUCCCCCGAUGAAUGAAGGAAUGGUAUAGAGGGUUGCUUUCUGUAUCGUUUGAGGUUGAUGGUAUCUAAUCUCCAGACAAGUAGAUCACUGAAGCAGAGUGAAAGCGCAGCAUCGUAUCAGUGAUGAAGCCUAUCUGUUUCAUCCGCGGAUCUGCAAGAGGAAAGGGGUUAGUCUUUAGUAUUUUUAGUGUUGUACAUUUAUGAUGUAUUUAUUGAAUUAAUAUCACUAAGUCGACAAGCAUUGAUCAUUAUUACAUUGCAAACAUCUUAGCUUCUCUUUACUGUUAGAAAUUCUCCUGAGUUUAUUUUACCUAUGUAGGCCAUUUAGACUGUUGUUGCAUCCUGUGGAUUUUCUUUA